AAAAAGAUGAAAAAACGCAAAGAACUUAAUGCAUUGAUCGGUCUGGCUGGUGACAGCCGGAGAAAGAAGCCCAAGAAAGGCCCAAGCAGCCACCGCCUGCUUCGCACUGAACCUCCUGACUCAGACUCGGAGUCCAGCUCAGAGGAAGAAGAGGAGUUUGGAGCAAUUGGAAAUCGCUCUCGUUUUGCCAAGGGAGACUACUUACGAUGCUGCAAGAUCUGCUACCCCCUCUGUGCUUUUGUCAUCCUGGCCGCCUGUGUGGUGGCCUGUGUCGGCCUGGUGUGGAUGCAAGUGGCUCUCAAGGAGGAUCUGGAUGCCCUCAAGGAAAAGUUCAGAACGAUGGAAUCUAAUCAGAAAAGCUCAUUCCAGGAAAUCCCCAAACUUAAUGAUGAACUUCUCAGCAAACAAAAACAACUUGAGAAGAUUGAAUCUGGAGAGCUGGGCUUGAGCCGAGUCUGGAUCAACAUCACAGAAAUGAAUAAGCAGAUUUCUCUGUUGAGUUCUGCAGUAAACCACCUGAAAGCCAAUGUCAAGUCUGCCGCAGAUUUACUUAGCCUGCCUAGCACUGUAGAGGGACUUCAGAAGAGCGUAGCUUCCAUUGGCAAUACUUUAAAUAGUGUCCAUCUUGCUGUGGAGGCGAUACAGAAAACUGUGGAUGAACACAAGAAAACCUUGGAAUUACUGCAGAGCAGUAUGGAGACCAAUGGAAGCAACCAAAUCAUGCCAUCAUCUUCAGCUACAUCAGAACUUGACAGUAAAACCCACAGUGAAAGUUCAAAACAGGAUAUCCUGUACCUUCCCAACUCCUUAGAGGAGCUCAACAGUACUGUAAUGGGAUACCAGAGACAGAGUGACCUUAAAUUCGAGGGAAUGAAUGAGACACUCAGUAACCUGACACAGAGACUCAGCCUGAUAGAAAGUGAUGUGGUUGCACUGAGCAAGGCAGGAAAAAGAGCAAGCCUGACCUCCAGCGUGAAAGAAGAUAAUUCAAAUUCUCAGGUAUCCAAGCUUCGAGAAAAACUGCAGCUGAUCAGUGCUCUCACAAACAAACCUGAAAGCAACAGGCCUCCGGAGACGGCAGAGGAAGAGCAAGUACAGAACUUCACAUCAGAUCCGUCAGCAUUGUCAAAAUUUUCACACCUUCUUGGAGACCAAAUUGAGACCCAGCUGAAACCUAUCUCCUUGCCAGGGAUUUCUAGCAUCAAAGAUCUUCAGGAUUUAUUCCACAAGGCUGGUCAAGAUGCAGAUGGGAUGCUGACCUACCAGGAAAUCUGGAAUUCCCUAGGUUCUGCCAUGCCAAGACCAGAGAGCUUGAGAGUCUUUGACUCCAAUGGAGAUGGAAGAUACUCCUUCCAAGAGCUAAGAGUAGCUUUAGGUAUCUAGUAUCAUCAGGCAUAUUUUGAAAUGGAUUGUACACUGGACUACCUAAAAUCUACUUACCUUUAAAAAAAAAAAAAAACCCGACUUACCCAUCAGCCCUCCAGCCCUUCACACUACUGUAGCAGACACAUUGCCACCUUUUAACUUGUUUGAAAACUCUAUCAAAAAAAGUUAUUUUUUUAAAAAAAAGAUUUUACUUAUAAUAUGAUGUUUGGAAAUCUAUGAUUUCCUGAAGCCAGUAAGAUCUUAUAACUUAAAAGUUGCCAGAAGAAAAAUAAUAAAGCCCUAUAUCUCUUUCCUGUUUUUGAGGGGAAGAGAACUUAUCUUUUAAAGCUGGAAAGUGUGUAUAUAGAGAUAAUAAGUCACUGUUUAUAUUUCAUAUGAAUUUGCCUUAAAUUAGCUGCACUUUAUAGAGCCUCAGAAUAUGUCUUUUCUUUGAAAGAUGAGUCUUUUCUGUUUGUAAAUAUAUAAAAUGAGAGGGAGACUGUGCAUAUUGUGUAGAAAGUCAGAAGAAGAAUGGCUUUGAACAGGAUGAACAAAUGACUGGUUUUAAGUAAUUGACAGUCUCCUCUGGGUGGUAGCUGAAACUGUUCACGUCUCUUUAAGGUAACCCUCAAAGCCUUGGCACCACCACAGGUUUGUUUGGCCUGGGAGCUGGGGCAUCAGAUCCUGGGAGCUAUGCAGAAGGUGCCAGCUCCAGACUCAGGAAAGUCAGAUUCUGGGUCAUUGCUCCUAUUCCUAACAUAAAAACCAGAGACGUCAUGUUGGGAUUUCCCUCAUUUUUAAUUAUCUUUCAGAGUUUAUGAGCAUAAAAGUUAAUCAGUGGCGAAUUAUGUUUUCCCCUCAAGCAAGCUAGAUUGUCUUCUCUAUCCACCUACUCAAGACCACCUUAAAGUGGUAACUGCCUCCCUCUGGCACCAUCUCCAGUCUGGAACGAGAAGGCUCAUGUCCUUGGUCACUCUGUCAAAUUCAUUGUCUAGAGCAUUAGAGAAAAGCUCUAAGUUUUGACUCGGGAAACAACAUCCUUUGGGAUUUUACCUCUGGACUAACCGAGAACUUAUUUCUUGGCAGGAUGCCGAAAGCCAAAAUGUGGUCAAAUAAAAUGUGAAAUCAUAUUCUUUCCUCACAGUUGUCCACUCAGAAGUAGCUAUAGGUUUUUCUGUCCAGAGGAUGCCACAGUGAGCAGGCAGGCUUGGAGCAGGGGCCUCCUGGUGGUGGUGGCAGUUUUUCCAGAUCUACAAAGCAAGUACAAUGCUUCCCCCUGCACGUACUCUGUGGGCAAGUCAUGAAAGGUCUGACUAGAAGGAAGUCACCAAUGUCACUGUCUGUUGAGAAUACUCCCAGUGUUGUUCUUAGCAUCUCUGGGCAACAUAAGUGAAGACCACACAGAACCUCACUUUGCUGUACCAGUCAGGGAAACACUGGAGAAGCUGCUGUGAUGCAGGCUUCUUUAGUACAGAGCAUUGCUACUGAAUUCUGUUCAAGUUGCCCUGUGAGCUCUGGAUAGUCUAGUACCCUUAAACCUUUAAAGAUGUUUGGGUUUUGGUUUGUUUUGGUUUUGUAUUUUAUUUCCUUUACGUGACAUUCAGCUUGGUGUUGGCUUUUUUUUUUCCCCCUAGACAUAAUUAAAACUCAGUGAAGGCAAGAUAAAGUUUUCCUGUGCAUGUGUCUUCUUAUCUCACAUUUCUUCCUCUUUAAAUUUUUUGCCUUAACGUUUGCCUUGCCCAUCUAUGCUGUCACUUUCUUGGAAAGGUUGAAAAUACACUUCAACAUUAUCCUGGCACUUUAGGUAACUUGAAGGUAACUCUUGUUCUGGCUGCCUUCUCUACUCCCCUUCUUUUUAAUAUAUAUAGACCCUUACAGAUUUUGUAACAACCAAAUAAAGUUCUAGCAAUAAAUUGAAUUAUUCUGCUAUAUUUGUAUAUAUUGUACUAUAAAUAGUAUGUCUGUACCUGGAAGGUAUUUUUUUUUGAAAACUGAUUUAUAUGAAAUAUACUGAGGGUAAUGUAGCUUGUCCUUUUUAGUUUCAAGUUUUUAUUUGUAGGCAGAUACUUUCAAGACACCUUAACUCUUUGUGGUACAUGCUUUUCAGUGGGGAAGCAGGGUUUGUUUCUUGGUCUUUCUUCUGUUCUUUCCUCUUCAAGCUUGUCUGCCAGCAUCACCCCUGAGCCGUGUGUUGUCCCCUCCCCUACCAAGUUGACCACAAGUAUCCAUAACUGUCUUCUCAUCCUGCCGGAGGCAUUACCAGAUCUCCUGGGUAGAGGUAGGUAUCUUAUCCUCCUUUGCUAAAAAUUGGACAGACUCACUGGCCUAGGAGCCCCAAAAGCCUAUCCCUCAGUGCGGAUUGGGGUUUUCAUUUGUAUAUUGUCUUAACUUGUGCAUCCAGUGCCUUGUGUUUGUCAGGCUUCACCAGCCACAGAUCACCUCUAAGAGAAGAACUGGAUGGUGGUGGUGAGUUUGGCCUUGUCAGUCAGCAGCUCUCUAGUGCUUCCCACUUCGUUUCUAUAAGCAUUCUCCUUGGCCCUUUGCUUUACUGCUGUGUAUCAUCUAGCAUAAUAUUUACUGAAUAACCUUCCUCUAGCUAGUCAUGGUAGUACAUGCCUAUAACCCAGCCCUUGGGAGGCUGAGGCAGGAAAAUAAUGAGUUCUAGUCCAGUCCGGACUACAUAGUGAAAUCUUGUCUCAAAAAAAGUACCUAGCUUAAAGACGAAUGCAGUGGCAGUUAAGGAGCAGAAUGAGUCUAAUGCUAGAGCUGAAGAGUGGACAGUCUUUCUUCGCUGCCGGCUCUUCUCACCUCCAUUUCAGCCUUCUCUUUGUCAUUGCUGGACACAGCCCUAUCAGCCCCCCUCUCUGGUCCCAGCAGUCACAGCUAAAGAUUUUGACUCUGAUAGGCUCACACUCAUAAUGGCCUAUUGAGUUGUUUUUAGUGACAGCUUUUGUUUGCUGCACACCUCAUUGGCUUCCUUACCAACCAUCUAGAUGUGGUCCCUUCUCUUACAGUCAAGCCAGAAUACAUUUGGGUAUUCCUGAGACUUGAGAGAGCAUGUAUUGUUUGUUAUAUGAACCUAACCUACCUUGUUGUUUUCUCAUAUUAAGAAAUGUAAAUCUACUUUAUAUUAAUGGAGCUAUUUUGGUAAUGUAUAAGCAGUUUUGGUUCUGUUUAGGGAGUGGAUUCAAGGUUUCCAUGACUUCAUUUGAGCUUUACUGAUUUCCUAUUAAUAUAGCCAUUUUAAUUUAUCUAAAUAAAACAUUUCCUUUCUUUCA